AUGGCGGCGAGCGGACUCCGCCAGGCUGCUGUUGCGGUCAGCACCUCGGUGAAGCCCAUUUUCAGUCGAGACAUGAACGAGGCCAAGCGGAGGGUGCGCGAGCUCUACCGAGCCUGGUAUCGGGAAGUGCCGAACACUGUGCAUUUAUUCCAGCUAGACAUCUCUGUGAAACAGGGACGGGAUAAAGUCCGGGAAAUGUUUAAGAAGAAUGCGCACGUCACAGACCCCAGGGUGGUUGAUCUUCUGGUAAUUAAGGGAAAGAUGGAGCUGGAAGAAACUAUUAAAGUGUGGAAGCAGCGGACACAUGUUAUGCGUUUUUUCCAUGAAACAGAAGCACCAAGGCCAAAGGAUUUCCUGUCCAAGUUCUAUGUUGGGCACGACCCGUGA